GUCAAGCUGUCAGCAGAAGUAGAACCAUUUAUUCCUCAAAAGAAGGGUCCAGAAACACUGAUGAUCCCAAUGGCGCUUCCUAAUGACAGCGGAGGAAUUAAUGGCAUGGAACCAACUCCUAUCCCUAGCUACCUGAUCACUUGCUAUCCAUUUGUGCAGGAAAACCAAUCCAAUAGACAGUUUCCAUUAUACAACAAUGACAUCAGAUGGCAGCAACCCAACCCAAACCCUGCAGGACCAUACCUUGCUUACCCUAUAAUAUCUGCACAACCACCUGUUUCUACAGAAUAUACGUAUUAUCAGCUGAUGCCAGCACCUUGUGCUCAGGUCAUGGGUUUCUAUCAUCCUUUCCCUACCCCCUACUCUGCACCCUUUCAAACAGCAAAUGCUGUAAAUACAGUUACUACAGAAUGCACUGAACGUCCUAACCCAUCGGGCCAGGUCUUUCCAUUAUCCAGUCAGCGGAGCAGAAGCAGUAACAAGGGACCAGUCCUUCAAAAACAACAACAGUUACAGACGCACAUCAAAAAUAAACGUCCUCCAGUGAAAAAUGUUGCCACUCAAAAAGAGACUAGUUCAUCAGGUCCUGAGAACAGAUCAAAGAUUGUUUUGUUGGUUGAUGCAUCACAGCAAACAGAUUUUCCUUCAGAUAUAGCUAAUAAGUCACUUUCUGAGAGUGCCUCUACAAUGCUUUGGAAAUCAAAGGGCAGGCGCAGAAGAGCUUCUCACCCUGCUGCAGAGUCCUCUAGUGAACAGGGUGCAAGUGAAGCAGACAUUGACAGUGACAGUGGCUAUUGUAGUCCUAAGCAUGGCAAUAACCAGGCUGCAGCCAUGGCUUCAAGAAAUACAGAUUCUGGUGCAAUGAAUGUUGCAGAAACGUCAGUAAAUACAAAUGGCACUUCUCUUUUAGCUGGUAUAGGUUGGAAUAAUGUAAAUUCCCAGGCAACUCAGAAAAAACCUUGGGUUGAAAAAACUCAGGCAUUUUCUAGGGGCGGAAGACAAGCUGAGCAAAGAAAUACUUCACAGUCUGGUUUCAGAUGCAGAGACCACAGCACAUCUUCAGAAAGGAGGCAGAAUGUGCAGAAACGACAUGAAAAAUCUCUCCCUACAAGCCAGUCAAGUAGAACAGAGCAGAGUCCUGAAGCUCUCUAUUUUGAGGAUGAAGAUGAAUUUCCAGAGCUAAAUAGUGACAAUGGCAGCAGCAAAAGUAGUAACAUCCAGCAAAAGAUUGCACCCAAAGUAUUGGAUGACUUACCAGAGAAUUCUCCAAUCAAUAUAGUUCAGACUCCAAUUCCCAUUACAACCUCUGUACCAAAGCGUGCAAAAAGUCAGAAGAAGAAGGCCUUGGCAGCAGCUCUUGCAACAGCUCAAGAGUAUUCAGAGAUAAGCAUGGAACAGAAAAAACUCCAAGAAGCUUUGUCAAAAGCAGCUGGGAAGAAGAGCAAGACCCCUGUUCAAUUGGAUUUGGGUGACAUGUUAGCAGCUCUUGAAAAGCAGCAGCAAGCAAUGAAAGCUCGUCAGAUCACCAACACCAGGCCUCUCUCAUACACAGUUGGCAGUGCUGCUCCCUUUCAUACCAAAGAAUCUGUCAACAGAAAGUCCUUAACAAAGGGACAGCCAUCUAUGGGUUGCCUUAAUCCUUUGGAUUCAACUGCCCCAAAAGUGAAAAGAGGAAAAGAAAGAGAGAUUGCAAAACUGAAGCGUCCUACAGCACUUAAAAAGAUUAUUUUGAAAGAGAGAGAGGAGAAGAAAGGCCGUUUAUCAGCUGACCAUGGCCUGUUGGGAUCUGAUGAACAGAAAGAGGUUCAUAUAAACUUGACUGCUGAUCAGUCUCAGGAGCUGGCCUCCCAAGAAGAAACUGGACUGAGCAUGCCUAGUGAUACUUCACUUUCUCCAGCAAGUCAGAAUUCUCCAUACUGCAUGACUCCAGUGUCACAAGGUUCACCUGCUAGUUCUGGAAUAGGCAGCCCAAUGGCAUCUUCUGCAAUAACGAAAAUUCACAGCAAGAGAUUCAGAGAAUACUGUAAUCAGGUUCUAAGCAAAGAAAUAGAUGAGUGUGUGACUCUCUUACUGCAACAGCUUGUCAGCUUCCAGGAACGGGUUUAUCAAAAGGAUCCCAUGAGAGCCAAAGCAAAGAGGAGACUUGUGAUGGGGUUGCGUGAGGUUACUAAGCAUAUGAAACUAAACAAGAUCAAGUGUGUAAUCAUAUCUCCCAACUGCGAAAAAAUCCAGUCAAAAGGUGGACUAGAUGAGGCUUUGUAUAAUGUAAUAGCCAUGGCACGGGAACAGGAAAUUCCUUUUGUCUUUGCUCUUGGACGUAAAGCUCUUGGCCGUUGUGUGAACAAACUGGUUCCUGUCAGUGUGGUGGGUAUCUUCAACUACUCAGGGGCUGAGGACCUAUUCAAUAAGCUGGUAUCACUGACUGAAGAGGCCAGAAAAGCCUACAGAGAUAUGGUUGCUGCAAUGGAACAGGAACAGGCAGAAGAAGCCUUGAAGAAUGUCAAGAAGGCGCCUCAUCACAUGGGUCAUUCUCGUAACCCCUCUGCAGCAAGUGCUAUCUCAUUCUGUAGUGUUAUUUCUGAACCCAUAUCUGAAGUGAAUGAGAAGGAGUAUGAAACAAACUGGAGAAAUAUGGUGGAAACAUCUGAUGGGUUAGAAACCUCUGAAAAUGAGAGAGAAUCCUCAUGUAAGACUGUGGUACCAGAGAAAGCUGGGAAUGGUCAGAUGGAAAAAGCCACUCUGAAACAACCACAUCUGGCUACAACUGGGACUACCUCAGCAAUAAAUCAUGGAAAAUCCACAUCAGGUGACAAAGAUGAGGUGAAACCAGAUGACAAUCUGGAAUGGGCCUCACAGCAGAGUACAGAAACCGGAUCACUGGAUGGCAGCUGCCAUCUUCUGAAUUCCUCCAUGACCAGUACCACCAGUACUCUGGUACCAGGAAUGCUAGAAGAAGAGGAGGAGGAAGAUGAAGAUGAUGAUGAGGAUUAUGCCCAUGAACCAAUUUCUGUAGAGGUUCAGCUUAACAGCAGAAUUGAAUCUUGGGUUUCAGAGACCCAGAGAACUAUGGAGACUCUUCAGCUUGGGAAGACCCUUAGUGGUGCCGAAGAAGACAAUGAAGAACAAAGUGAAGAGGAAGAAGUAGAGACUUCUGAGCAGGCUGAUCCAGUCACUGAUGGUGAGGAAUGGACAAAUGAUAAGCAUGCAAGUAACAGUCAACAUAAACCCACCAUCUGCAGUUCUUUGAAUAAAGACCACACAGAUUCCAUCUAUAUGCCAUAAAAAUAAGCAGGAACUCAGGAACUUUUUAGAAA